GUCUGAGACCCACAGGCUUCAUUGUUGAACAAAGCCGGUCCCAGCAAAAUCUGAUGGUGCUACGUACAUGGACCAGGGAGGGAAAUUUUUUUGCUCGGUCGCUACCCCUACUUGGUUAUUACCUCUGUCGGUUUCAUGCGCUUGUCUUUUAUUAGCCUCGUUCUUACGUACGGAUACUACCCACCGAGAAGCCUCGUGUCUUAAGGUGGGCUAAGGAUUUCUUCGAGAAGAUGAUCAGGUAGCUCGACGAAGGACGAUCGCCGAGACUGGUGGGACUUGUUCUCUCAUUUGGACUAUGGACUUUUAGUUGUUUGGAUUUUAUGAGGGAUCGACUGCUAAGCAUCGAACACAUAUCCCAAGGCUACUAGUGCGUUAAUAAUUCCUGCGGCGGCCGAGAAAUUUGUCAGGUUGCGUACGUGAAGUCGUAUUUUGACAUCCGCUGUCAGGCCCGCCCGUGUAUACUAGGUACAGCUGCAGCUAAGACAGGUUGCAUGGGUAUGGAGAUCGGGUUCUGCAUGUCUGCUCGAGUGCGUAGUGAAGAUCCCGAUAGGAGGAGAAGUCUUGUGUAUCUUUACACUAGACAAGUCACACACACCCUCCUCUUCCUCGCGCCAACGAUCCUUCGAGAUGUCUACACAAUCGCUUGUCCCCUCGUCCUCUCCAAAUCCUCAGUUCCAGAGGGAGAAGUUGUCGUAUUUGGAAGGACCGGUAGACCCUCCAUUGGUAGAUUUGACACUCGGCGAGCUGUUGGAUCUACAAUGUCAACACCAUGGUAGCCAGGAGUGUAUCGUCACACCAUGGACGGGUGCUAGGUGGACGUACAAUGAGCUGAAUCAGCAGAGCUCUCAGUUGGCGAGGGCGUUGAUGUCGCUCGGGAUUGGAGUUGGUGAUCGCGUUGGUAUCAUGGCCGGUAAUUGCGAGCAGUACGCUGCGGUUUUCUUCGCCGUCACCCGAAUUGGUGCUAUCCUCGUGAUCCUAAACAACACAUACACGCCGACGGAAGCGAUGUACGCGUUGAAGUUCUCUGAUUGUAAGGUAUUCUUCACAACAAAAAAGAUCGGAAGAACAGACAACACCAAGAUCCUGGGUGAACUCGCGAAGGAAAAGCAAGGCCCCAACAUCGUUAUCCUACGAGGCGAAUCCGGGUCCUACCCAACGUACGCAGACCUCAUCAAACAAGGUCGCGGCAUCAACCCCGAGGACGUCAACCGCGUGAGCAAGAAGGUCCUCGCGCACAACGUGUGCAAUCUGCAAUUCACAAGCGGCACAACCGGGCUCCCGAAAGCAGCCAUGCUAACCCACCACAACAUCGUGAACAACGCGCGCUUCAUCGGCGACCGCAUGCGUCUGACUCCCGACGACAUCCUCUGCUGUCCGCCCCCACUAUUCCACUGCUUCGGCCUCGUGCUAGGCAUGAUGGCGGUGAUCACCCACGGCGCGAAAAUCGUGUACCCGGAGGAGACCUUCGACCCGGCCGCUGUCCUGCGCGCCAUCUCCGACGAGCGCUGCACCGCCGUCCACGGCGUCCCGGCUAUGUUCGACACCCUGUUCAGCCUGGAGCCGCCCCCGGGCUUCAACUGCGCGAACCUGCGCACGGGCAUUAUCGCCGGCGCUCCCGUGCCGAGGUAUUUGAUGGAAUUGCUUAUUGAUCGCUUUGGCAUGACGGAGUUCACGAGUAGUUACGGGUUGACGGAGGCAAGUCCGACUUGCUUUAAUGCGUUUACGGAUGAUGCGAUUGAGAGGAGGUUGACGACGGUGGGAACGCUGAUGCCGCAUGCAAGGGCGAAGAUCGUGGACCAUGAUGGGAAUAUCGUGCCGAUUGGCCAGCGCGGCGAGCUGUGUAUUGCGGGGUACCAGCUCCAGGCUGGGUACUGGAAUAACUCGGAGAAGACGGCCGAGGUCAUGGCGCGGGAUGCAGAGGGUGUGCUUUGGCUGAGGACUGGUGAUGAGGCUGUGUUCGAUGAUGCGGGGUAUUGUAGUAUUACGGGCCGGUUUAAGGAUAUUAUUAUUCGUGGUGGAGAGAAUAUUUAUCCCCUUGAGAUCGAGGAACGUCUGCUUAAACACCCGAAGAUUAGUGGGGCGGUGGUUACGGGGCUUAAGGAUGCGCAUUAUGGGGAGGUUGUGGGCGCGUUCUUGGAGGUUGCGGAGGAGGGAGAGGGGAAAAGACCGACGGAUCAGGAGGUUAGGGAGUGGGUGCAGCAGAAGCUGGGUCGGCAUAAGGCGCCCGCACAUGUGUUUUGGCUUGGUGAGGCGGGUGUGCCGAAGGUGGUCCCGCUUACAGGGAGCGGGAAGGUGAAGAAGUUUGAGAUGGCGAGGUUUGGGGAGGAGAUUCUUCGGACGAGAAGGUUGGAGAAGCUGUAAAGGCUGUUCUGGAGAGGAUGGUGAGGUCCCAUGCAUGCUUGGAAUCUCUGAGUAAAGGGGUAGAACGGGGAGUGCCACGUUAAGCAAUUUGAGGAACUUUGUGGCUGUAAAAAUGUUGAAAAUGGGGCGACGAUAAUGGUGUCUGAUAGUUGUUUGGUAUAUAUAGUAGAGCACCUAGAUGUAUGUUCAAGAAUAAUUAUAUUUUCUUUUACUCCCUCCUUCGUUUUGUGGUUGAAAGACCAUGUGGCCUUGAACGAACCAUGAGAGGCAUACUUAGUAGUGAGCCAG